GCCGGAUUUUUAGAAAAUAGAAGGAGCAUUAAAUCAUAGUGAUUAUACUAUUAUAGUUAUCAUAUCCUUAUGUUCUGUCCUUCACCUGAUUGUGAAACUGGCAAGUCAUAUCUAUUCUUGCAGACAUGAAGAAGAUUUUUCCAUUUGAGCUUUUCCACUUAGGCGGCGAUGAGGUCCAUACAGAUUGUUGGAGCUCCACUCCGCAUGUGAAGCAAUGGCUUAAGGAUCGUAACAUGACUGGUAAGGAUGCAUAUCAAUAUUUUGUGCUCAGAGGUCAAGAAAUAGCAAUAUCUCAAAACCGGACACCUGUUAAUUGGGAAGAAACCUUUAACACAUUUGCCUCCAAACUCAACCCACAAACAGUGGUGCAUAACUGGUUGGGACCUGGUGUCUGUCCGAAGGCUGUUGCCAAAAACUUUAGAUGCAUUUAUAGCAACCAAGGCAUCUGGUAUCUCGACCAUUUAGAUGUUCCCUGGGAUGAGGUUUACUUUGCAGAUCCAUUGGAAGAUAUAAACGACUCUGAACAGCAAAAACUCGUGCUGGGAGGCGAAGUGUGCAUGUGGGGCGAAACGGCUGAUGCCUCAAAUGUUCAAGAAACCAUAUGGCCACGAGCUGCAGCAGCUGCAGAGCGUUUGUGGAGCUACAGGGAGAGACGGUCCUUGACGCAGAAUGAAACAGCAGUUGCGCAGCAGAGGUUGGAGUAUUUCAGGUGCCUCCUGACAAGGCGGGGUGUUCAAGCCGCCCCCGUUACAAACUCUUAUGCACGAAGCCCUCCAACAGGUCCAGGGUCAUGUUAUGAGCAGUAGUUUGUCUUUUGUUUUGGCUAUGAAAUGAAAUCCAUGCUUUGAUCUUCUUCCCAACUACAUAUGGAUGUCAUGUGUAUUUGUCCGGAGUGUAAUAAGGAUUUAAAAGAACUCAUUCACAAAAUUCAACAAUCUUUAAAUUAACAACGUGGUGUGAUUUACUCAUUUUUGUUUGUUUAACAACCAAAAUAAAAAGCGUGUCAAAGU